UUCUCAAAUGGGAAUGUAAUAAGUAAACUGUAUGCAUUGAAGUAUCAAUGUAUUUUUACAUCUUUGAGUCAGUCUAAACACACCCUUGAUUAGUUUAUUUAUCUAUCGGUCCGGGUCGUGGUAGCCAGCCUCUCUUUUUGAAAUUUUCGUAGUUAAUUGUUUUGUUCAGUUUUUACUUAAAAACAAGAAUGAAAUUAAUAAUCUAUGUUUACAAAAGUAGCGACUUAAUUUAAGAUUUGUAUCGUGAGUCGUGAUUGUGAGAAAUGGUAGUAUCCAACACUGGCAUCCAUUGCUCCCAGCCGACUAUUAGAAAAAAUGUUAGGAUUCUACUAUUGGGCGAUCAUGGGGUAGGAAAGACUUCUUUAAUUCUUUCUCUUGUUAGUGAUGAGUAUGCUGAAGAUGUACCUAGUAAAGCAGAAGAGAUAACCAUUCCUGCUGAUGUUACUCCUGAACAAGUACCAACCCGAAUUGUAGAUUAUUCGGCCUUAGAUCAAACAGAAGACCAACUUUAUAAUGAAAUUAUCAAAGCAAAUGUCAUUUGUGUUGUUUACUCUGUAAGGGACAGAGAAACAUUAGAUAAUGUCAAAUCCUACUGGCUACCUCUUAUUCGCAAGAAUGCUUCUAGUAGCAGAUGUCCAGUUGUUCUUGUUGGAAAUAAAAUUGAUGUUAUCGAUUAUUCAACAAUAGAGGAUGUUUAUCCAAUAAUGAAAGAGUUUUCAGAAGUAGAAAGUUGUAUUGAGUGUUCUGCUAAAACAUUACAGAAUAUUUCGGAAAUGUUCUAUUAUGCACAGAAAGCAGUUUUGCAUCCAACAACUCCAUUAUACAACUAUGAUUUGCAAGAGCUCACUAAUGAAUGUAAACUGGCUCUUCAAAGAAUAUUUAAGAUUUGUGAUAUUGAUAAUGAUGGCCUAUUGAGUGAUAUUGAGUUGAAUGCAUUUCAACAAUGGUGCUUCAAUACUCCUUUGCAACCUCAAGUACUUGAAGAUGUAAAAGCUGUUCUUUCUAAAAAUAUUGAAGAUGGAAUUCAUAAUGGCUUCGUUACGAUCAAAGGUUUUAUGUUUUUGCAAUGUCUUUUCAUUCAAAGAGGGAGGAACGAGACGACUUGGGCGGUUUUAAGAAAAUUUGGAUACGAUAACGAUCUACAAAUGUCCAAAGACUACAUUAAUCCAUUUAUAAAAGUUCCUGCUGGUUGUACAACAGAAUUAUCUCAUAAAGGUCAAGAAUUUUUAACACAGUUAUUUAAUUUUCACGAUCGGGAUAAAGAUGGUACCUUAUCACCAUCAGAAAUGAAAUCAUUCUUUUCAAAAUGUCCUUUAUCUCCGUGGGGAAAUGAGUAUAAAUAUACAGUCAGUACUAAUGAAAUGGGCUGGAUUACGUAUCAAGGAUAUAUGUGUCAAUGGACUCUCUUGACUUACAUGAAUGUAAAAAAAACUUUAGAAUGUAUGGCUUACUUAGGAUACAAUGUUUAUUAUAAUGAAAGUCCAGUUACUGCAGUUAUUACAACAAGAGAUAAAAAUAUCGACUUAGUAAAAAAACAAUCCAGUCGCAAUGUGUACUGCUGCCACGUGAUAGGUCCAAGAAGUUGUGGCAAAACAACAUUUUGUAAAACAUUUAUUGAUCCUAAACUUGAGAAAUUGAAUGACAAUGCCAUAACAAGUGAUUUCCACAUUUCUGUAAAUGCCGUCUACGUCUAUGGACAAGAAAAAAUCAUUAUCUUGAGGGACAUUAACAUAAUCAAUGUUCAAGAUGCCUUAACACCCGCUCAAGUUCAAUGUGAUGUGGCUGCUCUUGUUUACGACAUAAGUAAUCCAAAAUCAUUUGAAUACAUUGCUAGAAUUUAUAUUAUCGGAACUCAGCUGAAGCGCCAAUCAGUAAUGUAA